CCUCACUCACUUCUCUGUUGCUUUUCGUCGCGGAAAGAUCGAUCGAUUUUGCUUCGCUCGCACCGUUUCGAAGUUUUCGAUCCGCGAGCCUAGUUAUUUUGUGUAAUUUAUAAAUUUUUGCAUAGGUUUUUCAAUUCUAUCGAGAUUGAAAAUUCGUUACUCCAUUCAGAACAGGAAAUUAGUAAUUUUUUGUAUUUUUAAUGUCCUCUUUGCGAUAGCAGGGGAAAAUUAGUCAAUCUUACCAUAUUAAUUCGUCGAAACAGUGCUCGAAACAACCUUGAAAAAUAGGAAGAAAAAGUUAUUGCAGCGGUUCAUUUUCGUCCAUUUAGAUUAAAUAGAAAUUUGAUUUCCUUUGUGGCUGAAGAUUUCCUCGUGUGAUCGUCUAUUUUCAUCAAGAAAUAGCAGAGGAACUAAAGUUGAUCGUAAAGCUUUUCCAUUCCUCAACUAGGAAUAAAGGUGAAAAUAAUUACGUUGAAAAGCCCAUAUUGCCAGCAAAAAAAAUCAUAGGAAGUGACCGUGACACGACAAUAACUCAUAGAAAGUUAACAUGGCUAACCUGAAGCAGAUUCCAUUGACCUGUUCUGGACAUACCCGGCCUGUAGUGCAUCUGGAUUUUAGUGACCUGACCGAUUGCGGAUAUUUUUUGAUAUCGGCAUGCAAAGAUGGCAAACCAAUGCUGCGUCUUGGUGACACCGGAGAUUGGGUUGGCACAUUUGAAGGUCACAAGGGAGCCGUUUGGGGCGUUGCACUGAACAACAAGGCAACCUUGGCAGCAUCGGGCGCGGCCGAUUUUACCGGUAAAAUAUGGAAUGCUGUAACGGGCGAGGAAGUGCACAGUUUGCAGCAUAAUCACAUUGUUAAAACGGUUGCUUUUGACAGCAACAGCCAGUGCUUGGUAACCGGAAGUAACGAAAAACUAGUCAGAGUGUUUGAUCUUAACUCAUCAGGGUCAGCCAUCGAGUCUUACUCUGGUCAUGCAGGUAACAUCAAGCGUGCAAUUUUCGCUCGUAAUGACAAGUGCGUGAUCAGCUGUGCCGAUGACAAGACGAUGCGUGUAUGGGAUCGUACAACUGGACAGGAAACAAUGCGUGUCGAAUUCACUGCUCAUCCGAACAGUUUAGAGUUAUCCCGAGAUGGAAAUAUACUGACUGUAACAUACGGCUCGAACGUUGCCUUCUUCGAAACAGAAACGUUGAAAAAGUUGAAGGAAAUCACGGUGCCGACGAAGCUCAGCUCGGCCAGUUUGCAUCCGGAUAAGCAAAUGUUUGUUUGUGGUGGUGAAGAUUUCAAAAUGUAUAAGUUCGAUUAUAUAACUGGAAAUGAGAUAGAAUCUUUCAAGGGACAUUUUGGUCCAGUUCAUGCCGUAAGCUUCAGCCCGGAUGGAGAGUUAUAUGCUAGUGGUUCUGAAGACGGUACUUUGCGAUUGUGGCAAACUACAGUGGGAAAAACCUAUGGUCUAUGGAAAUGUACCGAACCGACUGAUCUCAACAAUUCGGUUAACUCCUCAGCCACUCGUGAGGUGACCGCAAACUGAGUUCCAAUACUAUAGGUGCCUAAAUUAUUGAAACAUUCUUUAACCAUUGGAUUUCCUCUACGAUGGAAAAUGUUCGGUAAGUUAUCUCGAUUAUUUCCAUCCCCAUUAUGAAAUUCAAAGUUCCAGAAAAAAGCGUUCAUCCCGCCAACUAUUACAGUGUAACCAUGAACAAACAGAUUCAUCCCUCUAAAGCAUCGUAAUUAUUAUUUAAUAAAAAUGUAACAAGUAAGUAAUUUAUUGAUUGCAUCACUUACUGUAUACAGUAAA